AGUUUGCUUGCUCUUCAAGCUUCUUUACCAAUUCUUAUUUAUCUCUUCUCUUCAAGAUGGCUACAAACGUGACUCAGCAAUUUACCAACUUCCAAGGCAGACUAUCAGAAGGGGUCUCCUACAACCCUGAUAACAACUCCCUAAGCUGGGUGGAUAUCAUCGAGGGCAAGAUCCUCAGAGCCUUCCUGGAUAACCCAGACAAGGUGGAGGAGUACAAGGUGAGCACCAGCGUGGGUGUCAUUGCGUUUACUGAAGACCCAGACAUCUACGUCUGUGGUGUAGAAGACGGCAUAGGCCAGUAUAACUUGAAGACCAAGCAAUUCAAGUACAUGGCCAAGUACCCAGAAAAGGAGCACUUCAAAAAGGCGGUGCCAUUGCGUUCGAAUGAGGGUGCCAUUGACUCGGAGGGCAACUUCUGGAUCGGCACGUUCUGCGAUUUUGUCGCAGAAAAGCCAAACCAAGCUACCUUCUACAAAUUUUCGAAGGACGACUGGGAACAUCCCAAAAUCAUCAAGGACAACGUCACGUGUCCGAACGGACUGAACUGGCAUGACGACAUCAUGUAUUGGACAGACACCGAAAAGGGCAUCUACAAGUACAAAUUUGACAAAAGCACCGGCCUGCCUGAUCUGAGCACGGAAACUCUGUUUCUUCCUGUUUCCAAAAUCAGAUCGCUGAUCGGCAUCAUGGGCGAGCUGGGUCCCGACGGCUCGUGCAUCGACGCCUCAGGAAAUCUGUAUGUUGCAUUGUGGGGAGGUGCCAGCGUCAUCAAGGUCAACCCCGAGGGAGACAUUGUGCACAGAUGGACUUUCCCUGCGCAGAGAGUCAGCUGUGUCACGUUGGGCGGCCCGCAGCUCAACGAAAUGUUUGUCACCACCGCAGACCUCAAUCUUGACAAUCCUGACAAGCUGAGAUCUGUUCCUCUGGACGAGGGUGGUAAGCUAUUCCACAUCAAGCUGACCGGGGUCAAGGGUGUUCCGAAGAACAAAUUCAAAGGCAAGUUGAUUGUUUAACUAUAACACAGGGUUAUCACUCUCAUUACCUAGCAAAUUCAACACCAGGUUGCAGAACUCGUCGAACGCCGCGUUCUGUUCGAGCCCUUUAUUGCGUAGAUUGCUGAUUUUGCGUGUAGCUAUUUCUGUCCGUCCCUCUGCGUUGUACUCCUGUGUUAUCGACACGUCGUUGAGAAUCUCGUUUAUUAUUCGUAUGUUGAGCUGUAUCACGGGCUCUUUCAAGUACUGCACAAAUUCUGGCGAGCCCAACAGCUUCUGGAGCUCCGGAUCAUCCACCCUGGGCAGAGAUUUUAGGGGCUUCGGCUGGGGCGCUUGUGUUAUCUCUGGGUCCUGGUGUUUUUCCGAUUUGUAACAUUCAAGGGAGCAG